AUGCAACGAACAAUUAAAAGAUUGGCAACGUGUGACGAUCAGAAAGAGGCCAAACGACAGGGUCGGCAACCGUCGCCAACGGUCAAGCCUCUGGAACAAUGUACCAACCUUGGAGCUCUCAAGCAAGUCCACGCUUCCAUUGUCGUCAAUGGCUUCAAUUCAGAUUAUUCUUCUAUAAGAGAACUCAUCUUCGCCAACACCUUCACCAUCAUCAUAGGCUCUGCUCAGAGUCAGAACCCAUUAAAUGCAAUCGUACUGUAUACCCGGAUGGAAAGUCGGCAUUCAAGGAAAGAUAGCUUCACUUUCUCGUUUAUACUCAAGGCCUGCACUAAGCUUUCUUGGGUUAAGAUGGAUUGCAAUGCAAGCUCACUUUUUGAUGCUUCGGAGAAGAGGGAUGUUGUGCCAUGGUCAGCUUUGACUGCAGGAUAUGCAAGAAGAGGGAAGGUUGGGUAUGCAAAGCAAGGGGAGAUGGAGAGUGCAAGGACGCUCUUUGAUGAGGUUACGAAAGGAGAUGUGGUGACUUGGAAUGCAACGAUUGCAGUUUAUGUACUUUGCGGGUCGAAUGAGCAGGCAUUUCAGAUGUUUAAGGAGAUGGGUCUGGGAGAAAAGCCUGAUGUUGAGUCUUUGCAACAGGCACAGCUUUUGUUGGCUAAAGGAUAA